GACGCAGUCGCAGAGCUCAUUUCAACCUGCAGCGGCGCAGCGGCUGAUCACCAAAACCCGCAGAACAAAAGAGGAGAAAGCGGAGCGGAGCGGCCGUCCUCACACCGGAAACACGCGCAGCUAUAUACACGCAGGUAAACACGCGCAGACGUGAUGGAGAAAUCGAGCAGCCAGUAUGACUCCUUCCUGUUCUGGAGGCAGCCAAUCCCGGCUCUCGACCUAUCUGAGCUGGAGGACCUGGGUUUGAUAGACGGUGAGGCGGCCAACAGCGGGAAGGGAAGGGAGAAGAAGACGCUGGAGGUGUGGAGCUGUGAUGAAGAGAGGGAGCUGUCAGAGUUCUCCUCCUUUAAUUACUGGAGAGCUCCGAUUGCCGCUGUGGACGCCCUGCUCGCUGACCUGCUGCUGUGAAGCCAGCUAACCUCUGACCUCAGACCACACUGAAGCAAAGAUGCAGGGUCUGCAGGACAGCACGUUAGGUGCACCACACUUCCAGUUUUCUUCCUGGGUGGAAACAGGAAGUGUGGUGCACUUUGAACCCUUUGAUUAUCGUUUGGUAAAAUAAAUUUGACUUGUGAUGGAGCAGCUGAUGUUUGAAGAACUGCGUCACCCUCACAGGUGAGGUUCACCUGCAGAACUGAAGGAGAUGAUGUGACAUGUGUGACAAGGCCUUUUAAUUUUCCGGUUUUUGAACAGACGCCUGUGAAGAUCACUUUGUUCUGUUUUGUCUGUGCCUUUUUUCUUUUGUUACAGCUGUUCAGGUUAACCUCACAGUCUGCCCUGUUUAUUAUUUAUUUAUUUAUUUGUGUAGCUGUAAUCAAACCUCGCACUCCUGCCAACAACAAUAAAAAAGUCUCAGUUACUCGUAA